AUGAUGGACAUACUGCCUCUGCUUCUUUCUUUUCCCUCACAGGCAGCAGCAGCAGCUUCUCAUGACGAUUACAAUGUCCAGGCUCGAGACUUUCUAGCCAAUGUGAAUGAGCGCCUUCCCAUUUACAUAGAUGGAUCGGCUAAUAAUACUAACGAUCUCUUAGAGAAAAUCAACCCUUCAACCCAUUCCCUAUCUUAUCUCUUAGUAUUGCACUUCCACCUCAAAACUCUAGAAAAGACCCCCAACGAUAAUGUUUCAACUGAAACGAGACCCGGGAGUGUUUUUUGGACGAGGUCUACAAUGUUUUUGAGAACGUUUGAACCAAAUCAGAUCAAAUUUGCGGGGAGCGAAUGGUACCGGUUGAUGGGGUUUAUUGCAACAACAGCUGAGAUGGAAAACAAGCCACUCCUUGCAGUUCGGCCCAUCAGAGAUGCCAUUAUUAGGCUAGAUCCAACUUGUUCGAGUUUUACCCCAACCCACGUCCUAUUGAGUCGCGCAUGCCUUUUGGCAAAGGCGUAUACGCUCGCGUUACCAAUUCUUGAUCAAACCAUCUAUAAUUUCUCAACAACAGUCAAUAAUUUCCACCAAAAAAGCCUACAAAACGAAUCAGACAUAGAUAUUGUAUCGGAUUUGCAUUCUUCUGGAGCUUUCCCAAAGACUACUCACACCGACCAUUUGCAGUAUUUCUUGUAUGGCGCGAUGAUUUACAUGGCAUUGAAGAAAUGGAGUAAAGCACGCCAUUUUUUGAGCAUUGUUGUCUCUUCUCCUGCCACCAAUUCUGUCAGUUUGAUUAUGGUGGAGGCAUACAAAAAAUGGGUCUUAGUUAAUUUGCUUGAGAAGGGCACGUCUAUAUCUCUUCCUAAAGUCACUGCGCCCGUUGCAACAAAAGUCUAUAAGGCUCUUGCAAGGCCAUAUGAUGCCUUCGCUAGCGCCUUCGUAUCUGGUGAUUGGGAGAAAUUGCGAGCUGAGGCUGAGUUCGGACAAUCCAUCUGGCGCAUGGACAAAAAUACCGGUCUGGUCCAGCAAGCUCUUCUUGCAUUCCGGAAACAGUCUGUUCUUAGACUCAGUGCUACAUUUGCUGCAGUUACUACAAUAGACGUUGCGAGGCGAGCUCUAUCUAAUAUGAUUGAUAUCAAUGCAACUGAGCAAUAUAUUCUAUCUCUCGCCAUACAGCAACAGAUUUUUGCUUCUCUAUUGCAUUUAACAGGGGAGCAGGAAUCUUCGAUCAUACGCUUUUCAUCAAGCCGUAACAAACAGAGCACCGAGCAGGAGACAUACUUGGACAGUCACUUAUUGUUCCAGCAGCGAAAGCUAGAGUCUCUGGUGCAACAUAUCCAAGCUAGCGACAGAAAACUAGAACUCGGUAGGGAAUAUGUCGACUACCUGCGCAGAGGCCAGAGACACAACGACAGUAUGUCUAAAGACGGUGUUCAAAGCAGCAGGAUGAAAGGGCAAGAUAUUGACAUUGACGAAGAUAUGAUGGGUGAUAUGCACUAA